AUGGAUCUCCGCGAACGACAGCCUUUGCUGAACACUCCUUCCACUCACUACAAUACCCUUCAGCCCGAAUCUAUCGGCAACCCCCAUAAUGAAUUAUCGCCGUCGCACUUGGAUAGCUUGCCGGGUGCAUCCUCAGGCAAGAGUCUCAGCUGGUCCAGUGCGUAUAUUCUCGUGGUCUCCCGUGUGAUCGGAAGCGGCAUCUUUGCUACGCCUGGAUCGAUUGUGAAGUCCACUGGGAGUGUGGGCUUGACUCUGCUGGUAUGGCUGGUUGGCACAAUCCUGUCGGCCUGUAGUAUGGCCGUUUCGAUGGAGUAUGGUUGUAUGCUGCCUCGUUCCGGGGGCGAGAAGGUAUAUCUGGAGUAUACUUAUCCUCGACCGCGAUUUCUUGCCUCUUGCCUGGUAGCGGCCCAGGCAGUGAUUUUGGGCUUCACGGCGAGUAAUUGUAUUGUUUUCGCCAAAUAUACCCUGUUCGCGUUCAACAUCGAGUCGACCGAGUUUCAGCACAAGGCUCUGGCAGUAGGUCUUUUAACCAUUAUCACGAUCAUCCAUGGCCGCUUUUUACGCACCGGGAUUUGGAUCCAGAAUGUGCUCGGCUGGGUCAAGAUCUUUUUGAUCGGCGCCAUGUCGCUGACCGGCAUCUGGGUGAUUUUGCUUCGCUUGUAUGGAGGUCCUGCGCAUAUCUCUCCCGGAGCAGCAAGAAACAGCCCGAUUGUAUGGGAUACAAUCUGGGAGGGCUCGAACUGGAGCUGGAAUUUGCUCUCCACGGCACUGUUCAAGGUCAUUUACUCCUACGCCGGACUAAACAAUGUGAACAAUGUCCUGAAUGAGGUGCACGAUCCCGUCAAGACCCUGAAAACCGUGUGUCCAUCGGCCCUCUUCACUGCGGGUGGUCUCUAUUUUCUGGCAAAUAUCUCGUACUUUCUGGUCGUUCCUCUGGAGGAAAUCAAAAGUAGUGGCGAGCUUGUGGCUGCAUUGCUCUUUGAACGACUGUUCGGCGACCACAUUGGGAGAACGCUCUUACCUCUUGCGAUUGCCAUUUCGGCGGCGGGGAAUGUGAUGGUGGUGACAUUUGCUCUGGCACGCGUCAAUCAAGAGAUCGCCCGACAGGGUUUCCUUCCAUGGCAGCAAGCCCUUUCUUCUUCGCGACCCUUUGGUACACCCUUGGGAGGACUGAUUGUCCACUAUGUGCCAUCGCUUCUGGUCAUCUCACUGCCUCCGCAGGGAGAUGUGUACAAUUUCAUACUCGAUGUGGAGGGGUACCCAGGGCAGAUCUUUGCCUUGGCCGUAACUUUGGGGCUGCUUCUCCUGCGAUACAGGGAGCCAGAUCGACUGCGACCUUUUAAAGCGUGGCUCCCGGCAGUUUGGCUGCGAAUCGGCUUGUGUCUGGCGCUGCUGGUAGCGCCGUUCAUCCCGCCCCCGAACUGGAAGGGCGAUGUCAAUUUCUUCUAUGCAGCCUAUGCCAUUGUUGGCGUUGGAGUUAUUGUCUUCGCGAUCAUUUACUGGUAUGUGUGGACGGUGGUUCUCCCUCGUUGGGGAGGCUACCGACUCGAGGAGGAAGUCGAGACAUUGGACGAUGGGACGAGCAUCACCAAGCUGAUUCGUUCCUAUCGAGCGUAA